GGUGUCGCAGCCAACUUCAUUACAUCACGUAAGUCAAAUUUCCACUCAUCUCCUGAAAAGACAUAAAACACACGCAAACUAAACAAACAAAAAGGAAGGUACGUAGCUGCCCGGCGCAUUGCUCAUUGGUGAACACCCACACGCACACCGGCACCUCACAACACUGCUCAUUUUCCCGGAAAAGGAAACUGCCGCUUUCUUAUACUACGCAGCUUCGUUUUCUCCCUUAUUAUUAUUAUUGCUUUUUGAAACUGCCCGCCUCUUUUUACCGUGGCUCGGGACGAGGAAGGUAAACACAUAAACUGCAUCCCUCAAAGCCGAACAACAAAACAGCAGCAACAACAGAAAUGAGUCUCCACUUGGUGGAAGAAGAUGGUCACCUUCAGCCGGAGAAGAAGCUGACGGAGUACCUCGCCUCACUCGUUACACCCGCAGGCUCGCAGGGAUCCGCCAACGGCGACAACGAUGACGACAACGCGUUGUCCGCGGUCGGCCUCAACUACCAUGUGGUGGCUGUCUUUGGUGGCCAAAGCAGCGGCAAAUCGACCCUGCUGAACCACCUCUUCGGCACCGACUUCCAAAUGCUCGACGAGCGGGUACGUCGCGGCCAAACGACCGUUGGCGCCUUCAUGGCGCAGGCUAAUACAACGUUGUCUGGGUUCGAGACGGCGGACCUGGUGAGCCCUGCGGCCGACCUCGCAUCGCCGUCCCCUGACCGCAGCUCCCGCCUGAACCGUGCUGCGGCAGCGGCGACGAAGGAGGAGGAGGCGGGCGCCGCCGCAGCGGGUGCGCGGCCCACCAAAUCUCCGCUGCUGGUGCUGGAUUUCGAGGGCACGGACGGCCUCGAGCGAGGCGAGGACCAAAGUCUGGACCGCCAGCUCUCUCUCUUCGGCCUGAGCGUUGCCGACACGCUCAUUGUCAACAUGUGGGCCGUUGACGUGGGCCGCUUCCACGGCGCCAACCUGAGCCUGCUGCGGACCAUCUUUGAAGUGAAUUUGCAGCUUUUCAACCACGAAAACUACGAGGCGGAGGAGAAGCCGACGCUGCUCAUCGUGCUGCGCGACUUUACGGAGGAGGACGCGGCGCCGAGUCUGGCCACGGUGCGUAAAUCCUUCGACACAAUCUGGGAGAGUGUCACCCGUCCCCCGCAGUUCGCCGACGCCACCAUCGACGCUCUCUUUCACCUAAAGUAUUAUGUGAUGCCGCACUUCAAGCUGCAAAAAGAGGCCUUCGCAGCCUCCGUGGGGACGCUGCGGCGUUGGUUUGGGGACAGCCACAGCGAGAACUACCUGUUUCGUCAUCCCGCCAUGUUUCGCGGGGUGCCUCUUGAAGGGCUGCCGACCUACCUGACGAACUGCUGGGAGGCGAUUCGUACCAGCAAGGACUUGGACAUUCCCACGCAGCGGGAGAUGCUGGCCCAGCACCGGUGCAAGGAGGCGAAGGAGCAGGAGUUGAAAACCUUCCGCGGCUUCACUCGGCACUACGAGGACCGGCUGCAAAAGGGAGAUAUGCUGCUGCGCCUCACCGAGGUGCUCGACGAGGAAGUGGAGACCCGCCUCACUUCUUACUACCGGCAGACGAGGCUGUACCAGGGAGAUGUGAUGGGGCAGUACGCCGCAGACCUGGAGACGGAGUUGGUCGACGCGACGAUGCAGGUGGUGAACAAGUUCUCCAAGGCGAUCGCAGCGGAGGUGCUGUCGAACACGGAGUCGCGCGUGCUGGGCUGCGUCGAGGAGAGUUAUCGCCAGCUUGUGAAGUCGGCGCAGUCGCUGCCUUUCUUGGCGGACGACAAGACGGCCGACAAGGCGGGGCCGUGGGCCGGGUCGCAGGUGAUGGACUCCGCCGGCUGCCAGCGGCUCGCGCGUGGGUUCUGGAGGACCUUAUCGGUGCAGCUCCACGCGUUGGUGUCGGAGGUGGCCACGAUGCCGCCGCCUGCCCACCUCUACGGUCGCUACGCCUCCCUCAUCGCCCAGGAUCCGACGGCGCGGCUGAACGUGCUGAACGUCGUGACGGACGCGCUCUUCCAGAAGGUGAGGUCCCGCAUCUCCUCGAUGGCGGACAGCGUCUUUGACACGAUGCACGCGGGGUUUGAGCGCAGCCUGACGCACAACGCUGACGGCACGGUGCGCUUCUUCUCCACCACAAAAGGGAUUCAAAAGGCCGUGCCCUCCGCGCUGCAGUCAGGCAUGGUCGUUCUCGGCAGUCUUCUGUACUUCCGUCUAAAGCUGCAAGCACUGAAAGACUGCGAUGGCGACGAGGAGGAAGGAGAGUUGGCUGCGCCGGCGGAAUCGCAGAGUCGCUCCGCGCGUCGUGUCAAGGGUAACUGCCGUGAAAUUGUGUUUGAGGAAAACGAAGCGGAGGCGGCUUUCUACCUCUCGUACAGCACGCUUGAUUCUGCCCCUAAGUAUCCCUACGACGUGCCGGUGGUGUCGGAGGAUGCGGGGGACAGCGAUUCAGCUGCGGCAGAUGCGCGUUGUGUGCUGCUGACCCAGCAGGCCACCCUGCGCGCCUACGAGCUGUACAAGCAAAAGUGCGACUUCACGACGCAGCUGCAGUUGCGGGCGGUGGAGGCAGGCAACAACUCCCUGCCGGCUUGGGUGUUCCCUGUUAUGCUGGCGCUGGGCUGGAAUGAGCUCAUGUACGUCGUCACCUCCCCGGUUCUGCUGGUGUUGACCAUCGUGAUUUGCGUUGUCUUCUUCAAGAACUUUUUUGUGUCGCAGUGGUACAAGUUUGAGGAGACGGGCCCGGCCAGCGUCGUCAUCCCGCUGCAGGCCGUGGUUCGUACAGUGAAGCACAUCUUGGGCCUUCUUUCGGCUAUCGGCAAGGAUGCCCGGUCUUCGCAAGCGGAGCGUGGCGGUGCGAUGGAGAUGCGAGAUGUCCCCGCGUCGACGCACGUGGAUGCGGCGGCUUCUUCCACACACGUUCCCACCGCCCCACCCACGCUGCGCCACCGCGGAAACCGCAAAGAGAAUUAA